GGGCUUAUUGCUUGGCGAUAUUUGCGUGCAAGCCGCAAGGCCAAUCAAAAUCGUUUUAUUUCUUUUUUCUCAAUGCUUUCCAUCGGCGGUAUUGCACUGGGUGUGGCGGCACUGAUUGUGGUGUUAUCCGUGAUGAAUGGGUUUCAAAAAGAAGUGCGGGAUCGGAUGUUAGCGGUAAUUGCCCAUGCUGAGGUUUACCCUAUGAAUCAAGGCCCGAUGGAAAAUUGGCCAACGGUUUUGCAAAGCACCUUAAAGUUACCCUAUGUUAAAGGCGCGGCACCUUUUACCCAAGCCCAAGCGAUGAUGGUGCGAGAGGACGUGGUGAGAGGGGUAGUUUUAAAAGGUAUAAGCCCUGCGCAUGAGGGUUUGGUAUCUGAUUUGCCAAAACAAAUCAUAGAAGGGGAUUUAAAAAAUCUCCAAACAGGUUCCUUUGGGAUAGCGCUUGGAGAACAGCUGGCCAAAGUGUUAAUGGUGACAGUCGGGGACAAGGUGACGGUGAUGUUGCCAGAAGGUUCAAUAACCCCAGCAGGUAUGGUGCCGCGACUGAAAAACAUGACUGUUGUCGCUAUUUUUAGAGCAGGACACUACGAAUUUGAUAGUAGUUGGGGCUUUAUGGCUAUUGAUGAUUUAAACAAAAUGUUGCGCAUCGAUGCACCUAGUGGAAUACGCUUAAAGUUUGACAAAAUGUUAGAAGCCCCCCAAUUAGCCAAACAAACCAUGCAAACCUUGGGACCGAAUUACUGGGUGCAAGAUUGGUCCGUCCAAAAUCGGACGUGGUUUGCGGCAGUCAAAACCGAGAAAAGAAUGAUGUUUCUGAUUUUAUUGAUGAUUAUUGCUGUGGCGAUGUUUAAUUUGGUGUCGUCUUUGGUGAUGACGGUCACGGAAAAGCAAGGCGAUAUUGCGAUUAUGCGUUCGAUGGGUACCAGUAGUGGCAGUAUUAUGAAAAUUUUCAUGACACAGGGUUUUUUGAUUGGUUUGUUAGGGAUUGGGUUUGGAUUGUUAUUUGGCUGUUUAAUUGCGGUGAAUGUCGGGCGAAUCGUCAAGUUUGUAGAAAUGGUUUUGGGUAUUUCAUUUCUACCACAACAGAUUUAUUUUAUUAGUGAGAUGCCUUCAGAACUGCGAUUUGAUGAUGUCAGUAUCAUCGUGGUGGUUGCAUUGUCGCUGCCAUUGUUCCCAGCCGUAAAGCGGCACAAAUUAACCCAGCUGAGGCCUUACGAUAUGAAUAAUCUUUCCUCCCAACCGGUUUCCUAUACAACGACGCAAAAUUUAGCUUUAUUGACUUUGUCCGCUCGCCAAGUGUCAAAAAAAUUUAUCAAUUCCACUGGCGAAGUUUUAACUAUCUUAGAUCAAGUGUCUUUAGCCGUUGCGCCAGGGGAGUUAGUGGCCAUUAUUGGGGCAUCAGGUUCAGGAAAAAGUACGCUGAUGCAUAUUUUGGGGGGCUUAGAUGAUCCCGAUCAGGGGGAAAUUUGCAUAGCGGGUGUCGAUUUGGCGCGAACUCAUGGCAAGAGUCGUGAUGCACUACGUAAUGAAAAAAUUGGUUUUAUUUAUCAGUUUCAUCAUUUAUUGCCCGAAUUUACUGCACAAGAAAAUGUGGCCAUGCCCCUGUGGAUACGAGGGAUUCCAAAAAGCCAAGGGCUCGCCAUGGCGCGUGAUGCGCUAAACAGUGUGGGUUUGUUAUCGCGACUCGAACAUGUUCCCGCUAGUCUGUCAGGAGGGGAGCGCCAGCGUGUGGCCAUCGCGAGAAGUCUCGUGACCGAGCCUACCUGUAUUUUAGCGGAUGAACCCACAGGUAAUUUAGAUCAAGCCAAUGCCGAAAAGGUCAUGACACUGAUGUUUAAAGAGACGCGCGAGCGCAAAAUGAGUUUGGUUUUGGUGACACACGACACGGCAAUUGCCUCGCGUUGUGAUACGGUGUAUCGUUUGGUCGGGGGACAGCUCGAGCGUGUUCAUGUUUGA